AUGCUUCCGGUGGAUCGAAGAAAAUCUUUUUUCGUAAUUACAUGGUCUCUCCUUUUGUGUUGUUGCCUUGCUGAAAAUCAUUCUGCAUCUGCAAAUGGGACGGAAACAAGUACGACGAGAAGUGCACAGUUUCCUACGGUUGUUGUUGGAAAGGAUGGGAACUCGUUAUAUUACGUUAACGUAACGUUUGGUACGCCAGCUCAGCGGCAGGGUUUGAGAGUAGAUAUUGCACAACCCUAUUUGUGGGUACUCUCAGAUAACCAGUUGUCUACUUGCAAUAGUUCAGUUGUUGGCUGUAAUUCUUCCACCAAAUAUGAAUAUAAUGAUUCUGAGACUGCUACGAGUUUAAGUGAUGGGCACAUUUAUGAUUUUCACUUUCUAGACAGUAUUCGUAUAAAUGGAACAGCAGUGAUGGAUAAUUUGAAUUUUACGAAUUUAGAUAUGGGUGAAGAUCACAUCGACGAAGAAUCAAGUGGAAACUCACCUAAUAAUGUCAGUUUCUAUUCAACACAUCUUUCUAUUGCCAAUGCGUCAUUUUUUGACGCUUUCUUUGCGUCUUAUUUGACCAAAGGAUCAUUGGGGUUAAGUGCAAAAAUAUCGAACACAACUUCAGAGCUUAAUAGUGACAAUUUUGACAACAGAUUCUUCUUUUUAGAUAUUUUGACUGAUAUGGGGAUUAUUGAAUGUUCUUCGUAUUCUUUAUGGCUAGGCGCAGAUACUGCUCCUUCCUCAUCAUCACAGGUACUCGAAAGCGCAUAUGCCAAUUCUGGUAAAUUAAUAUUUGGUGCAGUGGACCCAAGUCUCUAUUAUGGCCCAUUGACGAAGCUUGACAUGAUACCGUCAUAUGAUCCCUAUACUGAUGGAUUAACGUCAAGUUAUCCUAUUUUACCAAUGGGGCCUAUUUACAUUGUCUCCAAUACGGGUAAAUCAUUGAAUAUGACGGCGGAAGAAUUUUUACAACCUGUUCUACUAGAUUCAAGAUACACUGUAAAUUACUUACCCUUAGAUACUAUUGUACAAGUUGCUUUGCAGGUAGGGGCAAUUUUUGUUGAAAGCCUAGGGAAUUGGUUAGUACCUUGUACCGUCGCAAACUUAGGAGUCCAUUUAGACUUCACCUUCGCAGGUACUACGAUUACAGUACCUCUGGGAGAUUUUUUAAGUUCCACAUACGAUCCGAUAAGUGAUACAAAUAUACAUUUCCAAAACGGAGAUACCGCCUGUGUCCUGACAAUGGCUUCACGGUCUCGCUUGGGUUUCAAUGUUUUAGGUGGACCUUUUUUGAAAAAUAUUUACCUCGCAGUUGAUCUUGAAGGUAGAUCUCUUGCGAUAGCUCAAGCAAGAAAAGUUGCUACGAGGAAUUAUCAAUCACCAUCCGGUUCCUCCACCUAUUUAUCACCGUUUAUCAAUGCUACUUCAGAAAUCAAGGCAAUCUCUUCGGGAUAUAUUCCAUAUGCUACUCCGGGUCGUCUGCGAUCGAACAUCACUUUCUAUCGUGAUCAAUUCACUGCUGCAACUACCGAUAUACCUGAUCAAUUUUCUGCAGCCAUCUUUUCUAACGCUCUAGUUUCUACCGGAAGAUCAUUUUAUGAUACUUCACGACAGAGGACUUCUGACACAACAUCAGCUACACCAAUAGAAAGUUUUGUGUUUUCAAAUUCGACUUCAGCUGCAGCAAAUAGAAUAUUUGCACCUAUAAAAUCUCCGUUUGCCUUGAAAGAUGAAAAGAGCACCAAGGUUUAUGUUUUUUCAUUACUUUCUAUCCUUGGUGUAUUAUCAACGGUAUUUCUGUUGUGA